AGAGAGGCUGACAGGUUGUAUUUUUAUCGUCUGUAUUUUUAUUGUAGUUUAAGAUGCUACACAUGAAGAAAUACUUCACAGAGGGACUUAUUCAGUUUACGAUUCUGUUAAGUUUAAUUGGUGUUCGCGUGGAUGUCGAUACAUACUUGAACGGCUAUCUCUCACCACUCUUAGAGACGAAUGUUGGGCCGAGUUCGGCGUACAUACAGACACCUUUUCAUAUUUUAAGGGACACUUUGGACGGUAAUAGUUUGCAUCCGAAAUGUCCGGAUUUGGACAGCUAUUUCUUGAGCAGGAGGCUGCUGAAUGAGGUGCGUGCGCUGGGCUCCCCGCGCUUCCCCACGCAGCUGAGCGCGUGGCUGGUGCACCUGGUUCCUGCAGAGUCGGAACCGGCCGAACCGAACCAAACCCAGAACAGCAGCGGUGCCGAUGGCGACAGCAGCAACCACAGCGAUGUGGAGGACGACGACAGCUGCCUCUUCUACUGCAGACGACACCUUGAAAAUGACAGCCAGCCUGCGGCUCCGGAGACGGGCACAGGGCCGUGCCCCGGCGAGCUGUCCAAAGAGGAUGCUGAGGCGGUGGGGGCUGCCAGGCGGAGAGUGGAGGACAGACCUGCAGCAGCGGAAGGGGGGGUCAGCGCAGACACGCCCAUGCUCACAGACUCCGCCCUGGGCUCUGAGGGUCUCCCUGGCAACGGCGUGGUACUGCUGGGUGAUUCGCUGUCCAGCCCUGAAGCCCAGGUCUUCCCCACCGGAGACAUAGACCAGCGCUGGCAGGACUUCCUGUCUCUCCCAGGCCUGGACGAUUUGGACCUGGACGUUGUGCCGCGGGCUGCGGACCUGGGCGUGGACAUCAGCUCCGCGCUCAGCCAGGACGUGAGUCUGCAGGACGCCAUGGUGAUAGGGGGUGGGGCCGGCCGGGGCCUGGAGCAGCGCCGCAUGCUCCGGCUGGAGUCCUCCAACUCCUCGCACUCGUACCCGGCGCUGGACGGGGCUGACCUGGCCGUGCAGCUGUUUGGCGGGGCGGAGAACGGUACGGGGAAUGGGACGUCCCGUGGGGGCAUGUCGGGCUUCCUGGACGAGGCGGUGUUCGAACAGAUCAACCUGCUGGGGCUGGGCCUGGAGGGCGUGGCCUCGCUGGAGGAGCGGGACUCGGAUUCGGGGCUGUCUCUGGGCUCCGGCUCCCGCAGCGUGGCCUCCCCUGGACCCUCCGAGGUGUCCUGUGAGGACGAAGGCGCCGUGGGGUACAGCAGCGACACCGAGCCGCCCGCCUGCUCCAUGCACCUGGCCGAGGCAGUGCGGCAUGACCACACCUACCCUGCGCCGCCACGGAGCGGGGCCGGCUGUGGGCGGGGCGCCGCUCCCCUGAGGGAGGUGAAGAAGGAGGCGGUGAGUGAGGAGGAGGAGGAGGAGGAGGAGGAGCUGAGCCGGGAUGAGCAGCGUGCGCGGGCACUCUGCAUCCCGGUGUCGGUGCCGGAGAUCGUCAGCAUGCCUGUGGAGGACUUCCUGGAGCUGCUGGGGGGACGGGGCCUGACGGGGGCGCAGGUGGCCCUGCUGCGGGACAUUAGGCGGCGCGGGAAGAACAAGCUGGCGGCGCGAAACUGCCGGAAACGCAAGCUGGAGGUGAUCAGCGAGCUGGAGGAGGAGGUGCGGAGGCUGGGCCGGCAGCGAGACGGCCUGCUGCGAGACCACGCCCACAACGCCAAGGCGCUUGGCGUGCUCACGCAGCGGCUGGACCAGCUGUCGCGCGAUGUGCUGUCCCGCCUCCGCGACCCGCAGGGCCGGCCCCUCAGCCCCGCCCAGUACAGCCUGCACUGUGGCCCUGACGGACAGGUGUCAGUCCUCCCACGUGGGCGUGGCCCCCCCCAACCACGCCGCGACAAGAGGAAAAAGGACAAGAAGCACUGACCUCUGACUCGGAACUGCAUCAGCUCAUCUCCUCUCUGAGCCCCCUGGUUGAGCCCUCUGCGGACCACAGGCCAGAGAGGGGCGACUGUAAACUUCUGUAAAUGGUGAGAUUAUCUUUACGUUGUAGGCGGGUGCUGGACCACUGCACUGGUGUGCUGACAUUCGGCAUUCUGGCCUAGAGCUUUACAAAGCAAACAAAUCUGAAAAAAAAAAUACCUGGGAGU